AUGUCAGCCUUGCCAGGUGACGAUAUCUCUCAAGAUUUGAAGGACAUGGACUUUGAUGCUGAACAUCUUCCGUUGCAGAGAAGUUUAGGAUUAUAUUGGGAUCUUCAAGCAGAUAUCUUUACUUAUAGGAUUGCAGAAGAAGAUAAACCCUUCACUUGUAGAGGUGUGCUGUCAACAGUCAACAGCAUUUAUGAUCCUCUAGGAUUUGCAGCCCCGCUUACAGUUCUAGGCAAGUUGCUUCUGCGAAAGUUCUUAUCUGGGACUAUUGAUUGGGAUGAACCUCUACCAGAAAACUGGAUGAGGGAAUGGAAAGUUUGGAAAGACUGUAUUAAGACCUUACAAUGUUUGAAAAUACCAAGAAUGUAUGUUCCAGUAUCCUUGUCAACAGAAGUCAAAAAAGAAUUGCAUGUCUUUUCAGAUGCUUCCAAAGAGUCAAUUGCUGCUGUCUCAUAUUUGAAAACUGUACACGAAGAUGGCAGUUCAGAAAUUGGAUUUGUGAUGGGGAAAGCUAAAAUUGCACCCUUGCAUGGGCAUACUAUACCUCGUCUAGAAUUGUGUGCUGCAGUACUUGCAGUAGAACUUAGUGAAGUGGUACUUGAGAACCUUGAUGAAGAAAUUGAUAUAGUGAAAUUUUACACUGACAGUAAAGUAGUUCUUGGCUACAUCCACAACCAAACAAGACGAUUUUAUGUAUAUGUUGAGAAUAGAGUGAACCGUAUUCACAGGUCAACUAAGCCAGAACAAUGGAAUUAUGUUCCUACUUCUGUGAAUCCAGCUGAUCGAGCAACUCGCUCUAUGGUGAAUGAUUUCUCGUGUGACGACAUAUGGCUGAAAGGACCUCAAACAUUCUUGAGUAGGCGUCAUGAUCUUGCUCAAGAAACUCCACAGCUAGUUCAACCAGAAUAUGAUAAGGAAGUAAGGCCAGAUGCUCUGAGAUGUGCAUGUGCCAAAUCAUUUAAAGGUAGAGCUGAUAGAAGUGUAGAGUCUUUCAGAAAAGCUGAAAUAUUUGUGAUCAAAGCAGUUCAAAAGGAAACUUACAAAGAAGAAAUUAGACUUCUUGAAGCAAAAAUGCAUCUUCCAAAAUCUAGCUCGAUUAUGGCUCUCAACCCGUACUUAGAUGAAGAUGGUGUGUUAAGGGUUGGUGGAAGAUUGCAACAAUCAAGUCUUGGAAGUUACCAGAAACAUCCAAUCAUUUUGCCUGGUAAAAGUCAUAUUUCUACACUUAUAGUACGUCACUAUCACCAAAGUGUUCGACACCAAGGACGUCAUCUUACAGAAGGAGCUGUUAGAUCUGGUGGAUAUUGGAUUACAGGCGUGAAACGGUUGAUCUCAUCAAUCUUACACUCCUGUGUCCAGUGUAGAAAGUUACGAGGUAAAGAAGAAGUCCAGUUGAUGAGUGAUCUACCAGCAGAUCGCUUAGAACAUACUCCACCCUUUACCAAUGUUGGAGUUGAUGCUUUUGGACCUUGGACUAUAACGACACGCAGAACUCGUGGUGGAUCAGCAAAUUCUAAACGGUGGGCUAUUUUGUUCACUUGUCUUACAACAAGAGCAAUACACAUUGAGUUGGUAGAAGAAAUGUCCUCUUCAGCUUUUAUUAAUGCACUUAAAAGAUUUGAAGCUCUCAGAGGUAAAGUUAAACUGUAUAGAUCUGACCGAGGAACCAACUUUGUUGGUGCAACUGAUAGCCUCAAGAUAGAUGCAGUAAAUGUGGAAGAAAAGAAGAUAGUAGACCAUCUGUACCAAACAGGCACUAAAUGGAUCUUCAACGCUCCCCAUUCAUCGCACAUGGGAGGUGUAUGGGAACGCCUCAUUCGAAUCUGCCGGAAGAUCUUAGAGUCAAUGCUAGCUGAAACUCCUUAUAAAACUUUGACGCAUGAAGUGUUAUCAACCUUCAUGGCAGAAGUAUGUGCCAUAGUGAACAAUCGACCAAUAAUAAACGUAUCAAGUGAUCCAGAAAACCCUUUCAUCUUGUCACCUGCCACCAUUCUUACUCAGAAAGUUGGAAUAGACCAUGUAGAAGAUUCAGUAGGAGAAAUUGAUACAAAAGACCUUUUGAAAACAGAAUGGAAAUGUGUUUCUGCCCUCUCAGAAAUAUUUUGGAAUCGUUGGAAAAAAGAAUAUCUGCACACACUCCAAGAACGUAGAAAAUGGUGUUGUGCAAAACCUAAUCUCACUGAAGGUGAUGUGUUAUUGAAAGACAGAAGUGUUUGUCGUACACAAUGGCCAUAUGGAAUUGUUGUAAGAGCUAUCCAAAGUGAAGAUGGCAAAGUAAGGAAAGUGGAGUUAAAGGUUAUGAGAGAUGGAAAGCCAGUUGUGUACACAAGACCAAUUUCAGAGUUAAUUCUUUUGGUUUCUGGUGCUAAGUAG